CAACUGUCAAACUAUAAUUUGGUUGUCAUCGUCCGCAAUCUGCAUUUCAUCGUUUGUUGCUCGCAAUUUAAUUUUUGUGUUAAAAAGAAUCCAAUAUGUAUUCUCAACAGCCUUUCAUUCAAACAGAAUUGUGGAAACAUGGUCCAAUACCAGGCCAAUUUUAUAACUUUCCUGGAACUAACCAAAAUACAACAAAUUUCGGAGGUUUCACAGGCGCCGAACAGUCUGGUGUGCAACAUUCAUCAUCCCCCAUCACUACUGGUACUUCAGUGAUUGGCAUUAAGUUUGACGGAGGUGUAAUGAUUGCCGCCGACAACCUCAUCUCAUAUGGCUCCUUAGCGCGCUAUCAAGAUGUACAACGUGUGUUCAAGAUAAAUGAAAAAACGAUCAUAGGUGCUGGCGGUGAUUUCGCCGACUUCCAGAGUUUGAAGCGCAGCAUCGAUCAAAAGAUGGUUGAAGACAUGUGCUAUCAGGAUGACAUUGAUAUGCAACCUAAAUCAUUGUACAAUUGGUUAACACGCGUGCUAUACAAUCGCCGCAGUCGCGUUAAUCCACUAUGGCUAGAAAUGGUUGUUGGUGGCAUACAGGACGGUGCGCCCUUCUUGGGUCAUGUAGAUCUGCGCGGGCGCGCUUAUGAAGAUGAUGUAGUGGCUACCGGCUUUGGCAAACAUUUCGCACUACCAUUAGUUCGUGAACAAAUCUCAAAUGGAGAGGUGCUAACCCAAGCGCAGGCCUCACAAGUGUUACGCAAAUGUAUGGAAGUUUUAUACUAUCGUGAUUGUCGUGCGAUAUCCAAAUUUUCGGUAGCUGUUGCCACAGCCCAGGGUACGAUUGUUCAAGGACCUUUUGACGUUAACCAAAAUUGGGAGGUGGCUACUAUGGUUAAGGGCUAUUAAAUACAAAUCUGUAAUUGUGUUUUAAAUACAAGUUAUAAACGAAAUAUAUCUUAAGUAUUUGGCUAAAAUGGAAACGUCUUUUUGGACAUUUACUGCACACAAUAUUGCUAAGAAAAGUACGAGUAAUAAUUUUGAUUUUUAAUAAAAGGUGUUUAAAAACAAAAUUUC